GCAGCGCUAUGUCCUGGUACCGCAACACCGUGUGGUUCGUGAAGGGGCUGCGGGAGUACACCAGAGGUGGUUACGAGUCUGCUUCCAAGCGCUUCAACCCAGCUGAUGUGGAGGUGGAUGUGGCUGGAAGAUCCUUCCUGGUCACUGGUGCAAACAGUGGCAUUGGCAAGGCCACGGCCAAGGAGAUAGCAAGGAGAGGUGGCACGGUUCAUCUGGUUUGCCGAAAUAAGGACCGGGCUGAAGUUGCCAAAGAGGAAAUAGUGACAGAAACGGGCAAUCAGAACAUCUUCUUGCAUAUUGUGGAUAUAUCUAAUCCCAAGGAAAUAUGGAAGUUUGCUGAAAAAUUCCGAAAUGAACAUCAAUUAAAUGUGUUGAUCAACAAUGCGGGAUGUAUGGUGAAUAACAGAGAGUUAACUGAAGACGGACUUGAAAAAAACUUUGCAACAAACACUUUGGGUACAUACAUCAUGACAACUGCCCUGGUGCCCCUCCUGGAAAAAGCAGCUGAUGCCAGAGUGAUCACUGUUUCUUCUGGGGGCAUGCUAGUUCAAAAAUUAAACGUAUCUGACUUGCAGUCAGAAAGUGGGCCAUUUGAUGGAACCAUGGUGUAUGCACAGAACAAGAGACAGCAAGUUGUCCUGACAGAACAGUGGGCAAAGGCUCACAGAAAUAUCCAUUUCUCCGUGAUGCACCCCGGCUGGGCAGACACCCCAGCUGUGAGGUCGUCCAUGCCGGCUUUCUACGAGAGGAUGAAGAACUCUCUGCGCACAGAGGCCCAGGGAGCCGACACCGUCCUGUGGUUGGCGGUGUCAGCUGAAGCAACAAAGCUGCCCAGUGGCUUGUUCUUCCAAGACAGGCAACCAGUCCCUACACACUUACCCCUAGCAUACACCCACAGUCCACCAGAGGAUGAAGAGAAACUAAUGGAAGUGCUGGAAGAGUUCUCCCAGAAGUUUAAACCUGCUUCUCCAGGAAUUUAGGGUCUCUGCUGACACAGUGUCACCACAAAAUCUUCUAAUUACACAGUAAUCUGCUAUUGAGGGGAGGUAGGAUGCCAUAGGCCUGUUAAAAAUGAAUUAGGUUCAGGUGUUCUCAUAAUGAGGUGGUAGAGUGGCACCUGUGUAAUUUUUCUGUGCUGCCAAGUCUCUCCCAUUGUGAAUAUGCAGCUGCUGCCUCAAGACACACUAAGGUUGUGUUCUUUGGAUUGGAAGAAAAAUUGAGAGGCAUUAAAAUAAGCCCUGAGACUUUGUAAAGUUACCUAGAAUAAUUUAAAACACUCAGCAGAGAGAAAUGCAGAGGAGCAUACUUUCAGUAGCCUUUGUGAAGGACUUCAGGAAAGAAGUGGGAAUGUUUUACACAACUUUUAACUGCUGUAUUUGAUAGGUUGGUGGCUUCCUUUACUGCAUGAGGGUGAUUGGGCUCAAGCCUGUAACUGGGAAUGCAGAAAGUCUCUUGCAGAGCCUGCUUAGUUUAAAGGGAAGGAUUCCUCACAGCCUUUAGUUUCUAUAAAUUAGUGCUGGUAUGCAGACAUGAUCUGCUUCCUCAUGUUUAAACAGCAAGAAUUUAGGAACACUGCCAAAUGCCUUCCACAUUACUUUAUGGAGCCAGGGCUAAAUAUUAUCCCAUUUAUGUCAAAAUACCAUGAAGUAGGAGGUUUCAACACAACACACCCAGACAUGGCUGGAUCCAGCAGAGAAAUGGCUGCAUGACUGUAGGCACAAAAAGAAACAACAUGCUAAGGUGUAUCUGCUUGCCAUUUCUUUGAGAGAUUAAAGGGAAUUGUUUUAUCAUUGUGAAUGGAUUAAGAGGAGGAGGGAGCACUGGUGUGGCACAGGUUUUAGAGGAGAAUCCACCUCCUGAUCAGAGGCUUGUAUUUUGUCUGGAUGUGUUUACUUCCAGACACAGAGGACAGGAUUCACCCUGCCUGAUCUGUGGACAUUUGAAUUACUCACUGAGUUUCUCACUGUAAAUUGGUAGAGGGGAAGAUGGGCUUUUUCACUGGAUCUAGUUUAAGAAGCACCACCUACAGUGCUGCAUCUUUCUAAGAGUGCCGAAGACAAUCAGUUCAGACUAAGACUUCCUGGUGGUACUCAUUUUGUCUUAAUUAUUUCAGAUUUACUGCAAAGCCAAGACUAUUAUUAACAAAGGUAUAACACCUUUUCUCCUGAACUGAGUGUGUUUAUUAACCAGCUGCCUCCAGAACCAGCCAAGUUGCUGCAAUGUUUCACAUGAGGCUUACACCAGUGUGGUAAGACCAGGGACCUAAACACAAAUAUAACACAGAUGUUCUUGAGCUCUCUGCAGUGACUGGCAGCUAAAGACUGGUGAUAGACAGAGGUGAGUUCCUUCUGUCUGCUUUACGUAAUUUAGUUUCCUCCUGGCUGAUGGUAUUUCCUCAUUAUUCAAAGAUCUCCUAUUAAGUAUCAGUUUAAGAAAAAUCUCCUUUUUUCAGCCUAUUGUCAAUCUCCUUAGAAGUAAAGACUUUACUGUCAGAGAGGCCCUGACAAAAAUUUUCCCAUGAUAAGCAGUGCUGAGACAAGUCAGGCUGUCACAGCUCCUCCUGAAGAGGCUGGGUCAGCAUUCAAGUUAUUGCCUCAUUUAUAAACUUAACCCCUUCUUGCACUACAGUGAAAGAAAACAACAGCAAGGCUUGUACAGAGGUUUAUUUCCUGCAAAUCUGGUAUUAACAUUUUCUGUGGUUUCAGCUGUUAAAUACAGUUACCCAAAACAAGAGCAUGGCUGGAAGCAUAUAUACUAACUACAUUUCUUAACCCAAUAGCUGCAAAGCUAGUAAAAACAUUUGCAUUAUUUAGUAUUUACAUCAGUUUGCUUCUCAGCUCUGCAGUACAGAAGAAAAGUUUAAUGACUGGUAUUUAAAUAGUUCAUAAAAGUAAAAACUGUGCACUAUAAAGGUAUAUAUUUAACACAUUUUAGUCCACAUUCUACACUAGUGUAUUUGAAUAGCCUAUAUUUUUCAUUUUUUGUCACAGCUUAAAAAUGAAACCAGUCAAGAAAACUGCUUUAAUCAAAGUUUGGUCACAGUGUCUAAGAGCAACAUGCUAUGGUUUAAGAGCACUUCUGAUUUAAAAAGAACUAAACCACAGAAACAGCAAGUAGAAACAAAGUCCAGAGUGCCACACACUUUGGUAUUAUGGUCCUGCUGAUGCUUUAUUUCAGCCUGAUUCCACGAGAGCAAACAUGGCAUGUGGCUGCAAGCCAGCGAGAGGAUCUGUCUAAUGCAAUCUAGAGUGACUUGCACCUUCUUGUGAGUGAGUACAUUUACAGACUCACAGAUUAUGCUGAGUCAGAAGGGACCCACAGGGAUCAUGGUGUCCAACUCCUGGCCCUGCACAGGACACCCCGAGUCACACCAAGUGUCUGAGAGCAUUGUCCAAAUGCUUCUUGAACUCUGCUGGGCUUGGUGCU